GUACUUUAACGGUUUUUCUACGGCCAUCUCUAGCCUAUAGUUCUGCCACUGUUUGAUGCUUUCAUGUCUACUAGCUAAGUUCGAAGGAGAAUGAUCCUUUGGACUAUUACAAAACUGUUCAGUAUACGAACCUGUAUGUUAGGAGCAAAUGCGAAUUGAACGUCAUUGUUUUAUUGGUAAGCGACCCGAACGUUCUUACAGUUACAAUGCUGAUUAUUAGUGUUAUCCUGCUGGGCUUCUUUAUUCCUGCAAUGAAUUCUCAAGAGAUUUCGCAAUACAUUCAAGAUGUUUGGAGAAACGUGACGCUACCACAUCACGAUGCUUGUGUUAUUGAAUCACAGAUUGAUCCUCUAAUAGCCGAAACCUGGCUUCGAGAUUUUCAUAUGCCCGACGACGACUAUUUCGGUUGCUUUUUGAAGUGUCUCUACUCAAGUUUGAAUUUUAUGAGAUCGGAUGGAACAUUCGAUCAGCACGAGAUAGUCGAUGUAGCUCACUAUAUGGACCACGAUAUGGCCGAGAUGUGUUUGGAGAACAUCGACGUUGAAGAGAAUCUCUGCAAAAAAUCUUACAACUUGUGCUGGUGUGUUGUACAUGCGUUAGCCGAAUGGCCAGAAGAAUAUUAGUUUUUUGGAAGUCAACUUAGAGUAAUAAAUAAGUUUUUUCUCA